CGUUUUAUCUAAAGUCGAGGCGAGCUAAAUACAUUUGUAUCAGCGAGGAAGGAUCCUACCCUCUAUUGGAAAAUUUAUUAAACUAAUUCGCGGAUGUUUUCAAUUUGUAUAACGUUUGACCAUAAAGUAAUCUAAAUCCCGUGAUGAUCGAAGCGAAGACUAAAAGAUAGGGUUCAGUAUAAUAAAAAUAUGAUGAAUUAUGGAUGAUCAAAAUGCCAGUGAUGAUCUUGAAACGUUAACCCACGUUCAGCACUUGAAAGCAGCUGUACAUUACACUGUAGCCAAGAUUUGUGAAGAAACAGGUGAAGAAAAACACCAAACAUUUUCACGUCAGUCUAUUGCCACCAUAUCAGAGUUGACAUAUAGACAGAUAGGAUCUUUUGCAGAAGAUUUAGAAUUAUUUGCAAGACAUGCCAAACGUUCAAUGGUUGGAAUAGAUGAUGUAAAACUACUGGUUCGUAAAAGCUUACCCUUGGCAAACCAUAUAACUCAAUUAGCUGAGACACUGAGUUCUGGAACAGAAGAAAAGAAGAAGAAGAAGCCACAGAGACGGAAAAAGAAAGUCUCCUCAACUGACCCAGAACUCAAUUACCAAGAUAACUCUACAGUUGAGAACAUAGAUUGAAAGCUUCUAGAAAAUGCUAAACUAGAUUAUUAUUUUUUCAUGUAUUAUUACUUGGAGGCAAUAAAAUGUUUUGUGAGAAAUUUUA